AGGUGGUGCUGGCUAGAGUGCAUACUUUUGGACCCAAGCUUAACUUUUCAAAUGUGGAAUCCCAGGCCUUCAUUGGUUUCUGAGAGAAGUUGACUGCCUGAAAGGAAACCGCAAAACAUGAAAAUCGCCCUGAGGUGACCAAGUCCAGUGGCUCCUUUCUCCCCCACGGUGGAUCGGAGGUUGAAGAACUCUAACUUCAGUCCUACUUUCAGAAAUUUAUCCUAAGAGAUGAUAGCUCAAGUGCAUGGAAAUACAGGAUACACACCAAGAUGUUCACUCCAGCAGUGCUUGUGAAAGUGAAAAGGUGGCGCAAACCUCACCAGAUGAGGAAGCUCGGGCCCAGAGAGGAGUGAGCCCGUCACAUCCUGGGCAGCCCGGCCCUGACUGUGGGCAGCACACGGCCCUCUUCACCCUGGUUUGGAGCUGGAGUUCCUUGUAAGACUCCCAAUGGCGGACCAGAGGAUGGACAUUUCUUCAACAAUCAGUGAUUUCAUGUCCCCGGGCGCCACAGACCUCCUCUCCAGCUCCCUGGGCACCAGUGGCGUGGAUUGCACCCGCAAGAGGAAAGGCAGCUCCACUGACUACCAACUUGAUGACUUUUCUUUUGAGGAAAGCAUGGACACAGACAAAGAUGACCCCCAUGGAAGGUUAGAAUUCACAGAGCACCAAGGAAGGAUAAAAAAUGCCAGGGAAGCUCACAGUCAAAUUGAAAAGAGGCGUCGGGAUAAAAUGAACAGCUUUAUUGACGAAUUGGCUUCCUUGGUACCCACAUGCAAUGCGAUGUCCAGGAAAUUAGAUAAACUUACUGUGCUAAGGAUGGCUGUUCAGCACAUGAAAACACUACGAGGUGCCACCAAUCCAUACACGGAAGCAAACUACAAACCAACUUUUCUGUCAGAUGAUGAAUUGAAACACCUCAUCCUCAGGGCAGCAGAUGGAUUUUUGUUUGUCGUAGGAUGUGACCGAGGGAAGAUACUCUUUGUCUCAGAGUCUGUCUUCAAGAUCCUCAACUACAGCCAGAAUGAUCUGAUUGGCCAGAGUUUGUUUGACUACCUGCAUCCUAAAGACAUUGCCAAGGUCAAGGAGCAGCUCUCCUCCUCUGACACGGCCCCCCGGGAGCGCCUCAUCGAUGCGAAAACUGGACUCCCAGUUAAAACAGAUAUAACCCCUGGGCCAUCUCGGUUAUGUUCUGGAGCACGGCGUUCUUUCUUCUGUAGGAUGAAGUGUAACAGGCCUUCAGUAAAGGUUGAAGACAAGGAGUUCCCCUCCACCUGCUCAAAGAAAAAAGCAGAUCGAAAAAGCUUCUGCACAAUCCACAGCACCGGCUAUUUGAAAAGCUGGCCGCCCACAAAGAUGGGGCUGGAUGAAGACAACGAGCCGGACAAUGAGGGGUGUAAUCUCAGCUGCCUUGUCGCGAUAGGACGGCUGCAUUCUCAUGUGGUUCCACAACCGGUGAACGGGGAAAUCAGGGUGAAGUCUAUGGAAUAUGUUUCUCGGCAUGCCAUCGACGGGAAGUUUGUUUUUGUAGACCAGAGGGCAACAGCUAUUUUGGCAUAUUUACCACAAGAACUUCUAGGCACAUCAUGUUAUGAAUAUUUUCACCAAGAUGACAUAGGCCAUCUCGCAGAAUGUCACAGGCAAGUUUUACAGACAAGAGAAAAGAUUACAACUAAUUGCUAUAAGUUUAAAAUCAAAGAUGGUUCUUUCAUCACACUGCGGAGUCGAUGGUUCAGUUUCAUGAACCCUUGGACCAAGGAAGUAGAAUACAUUGUCUCAACCAACACUGUUGUUUUAGCCAGCGUCCUGGAAGGCAGGGACCCAGGCUUCCCGCAGCUCACAGUGUCUCCCCACAGCAUGGACGGCAUGCUGCCCCCUGGAGAAGGUGGCCCGAAGAGGACCCACCCAACUGUCCCAGGGAUUCCAGGGGGAACCAGGGCUGGGGCAGGAAAAAUAGGUCGAAUGAUUGCUGAGGAAAUCAUGGAAAUCCACAGGAUAAGAGGGUCCUCUCCUUCCAGCUGUGGCUCCAGCCCACUGAACAUCACAAGUACACCUCCCCCUGAUGCCUCUUCCCCAGGAGGCAAGAAGAUUUUAAAUGGAGGGACUCCAGACAUUCCUUCCAGUGGCCUACUACCAGGGCAGGCUCAGGAGCACCCAGGUUAUCCAUAUUCUGAUAGUUCUUCUAUUCUUGGGGAGAACCCUCAUAUAGGCAUAGACAUGAUAGACAACGAUCAAGGCUCAAGUAGUCCCAGUAACGAUGAAGCAGCAAUGGCUGUCAUAAUGAGCCUCUUGGAAGCAGAUGCUGGGCUGGGUGGCCCUGUUGACUUUAGCGACUUGCCAUGGCCGCUGUAAACACUACGUGUUGCUUAGCAACAGCUACAGUAUCAAAGUGCAUUACUGGUGGAGCUUUACAGUCUGCGAAGCUUACUGGGUAAGGAGAGAACAGCUUUUAUGUACCGUCUUCAUAAAAGCCAUCUCAGAGCCAUUGAUACAAGUCAAUCUUACUAUGUGUAACUUCAGACACAAUGGAACUAAGCCUGCUCCAGUAUUUCCUCAUCAUUGAUUGGGCUAGCUGUGGAUAGCUUGCAUUAAUUGUAUAUUUUGGAUUCUGUUUGUGUUGAAUUUUUUAAUCAUUGUGCACAGAAGCAUCAUUGGUAGCUUUUAUAUGCAAAUGGUCAUUUCAGAUGUAUGGUGUUUUUACACUACAAAGAAGUCCCCCAUGUGGAUAUUUCUUAUACUAAUUGUAUCAUAAAGCUGUUUAUUCUUCCUUGUAAGAAUCCUUUACUAUAAAUAUGGGUUAAAGUAUAAUGUAUUAGACAGUUAAAUAUUUUUAAUAAAUGUUUCCCUUGUUCU